UUUUGUUUUAAUAAACAUUAUAAAUAUAUUUUAAUUUAGAUAUUUUAUAAUAUUUCUAUUGAUAAAGAUAUUUUAAAUUUGAAGAGUUUUAUCUUAUCUAAAUGAAUAUAUAAUACUAUUCCAUCUAAUAAAAUUUAUGACAACUGAUAUUGCAAUACAUUACGACCACGAACCCUUUGAAGAUGAAGAUUAUGAUAAGGGAUCAGCUAGACUUUUUGAAAGAUCAAGAAUUCGAGCAUUAGCUGAUGAAAGGGAGAAUGUACAAAAAAAGACAUUUUCAAAAUGGGUAAACUCACACCUGAUUAGAGUUGGAGGUAGAGUUCAAGAUUUAUAUAUUGAUCUUAGGGAUGGAAAGCUUUUGAUUAAACUUUUAGAAGUUUUAUCCGGAGAAAGAUUGCCAAGACCUACCAAAGGUAAAAUGCGAAUUCAUUGCCUUGAAAACGUUGAUAAAGCAUUGACCUUUCUGAAAGAACAAUACGUUCAUUUAGAAAAUAUGGGUUCUCACGAUAUAGUAGAUGGAAAUCCCCGACUGACUUUAGGUCUUAUAUGGACCAUCAUAUUACGAUUCCAGAUUCAAGACAUAACUUUUGAAGAAGCUGAAAGUAAAGAAACAAAAUCCGCCAAAGAUGCUCUAUUAUUAUGGUGUCAAAUGAAAACUGCUGGCUAUCCCAAUGUUAACGUUAGAAAUUUUACUACGAGCUGGAGAGAUGGCUUAGCUUUUAAUGCUCUUAUUCAUAAACACAGGCCUGAUUUGAUCAAAUACGAAGCCCUUCACAAAUCUAAUGCUGUUGUUAAUCUAAAUAAUGCGUUCAAUGUUGCUGAUGAUAAACUCGGAAUUCCCAGGCUAUUAGAUACCGAAGACGUGAACGUAGAGUUACCUGAUGAGAAGUCUAUAAUUACUUAUGUCGUUACAUAUUACCACUAUUUUUCAAAGAUGAGAGCUGAAACAGUUCAAGGAAAGAGAAUCGCAAAAGUUGUUGAUGCAGCUAUGGAACAAGAAAAAAUGUUAGAUCAAUAUGAGAAGAUGAGUUCUAAUUUGUUAGAUUGGAUUGAAAAAACGGUAGAAAAAUUAGGCGAAAGAAAUUUUGCCAACUCCCUAAUAGGAGUACAGCAACAACUGGCUGCAUUUAAUUCUUAUAGGACGCAAGAAAAGCCGCCAAAAUUUAUAGAAAAGGGCAAUUUGGAAAUAAUAUUAUUCACAAUGCAAAGUAAAGCCAGAGCUAUGAAUCUAAAACCUCGCUUCCCAAGGGAGGGCAAAAUGAUAUCGGAUAUUAACAAAUCCUGGGAUCAACUUGAAACUGCCGAACAUGAGAGAGAAAUGGCUUUAAGGGAAGAGAUUUUGAGACAAGAAAAAUUGGAACAAUUAGCUGACAAAUUUGACCGUAAAGCUGGAAUGAGAGAAACAUGGCUAAAUGAAAAUCAAAGAUUGGUUUCUCAAGAUAAUUUUGGUCAUGAAUUGGCGUCCUGUGAGGCUGCAAUGAAAAAACAUGAAGCUAUCGAAACAGACAUUUUUGCAUAUAAGGAACGUAUUAAUGCUCUGGUCAAAACUGCUGCUCAACUAAAAGCUGAGAGUUAUCAUGAUAUAAGGAGGAUUCAGGAAAGAAAAGAAAACGUAAUACGGUUAUGGAAAUAUUUGCUGGAACUUCUUAAAAACAGGAGAAAACGUUUGGAGAAAUGUAUAGAUAUACAAACAAUAUUCCAGAAUAUGAUUCACAAGCUUGAUAUAAUGGAAGAACUAAAAUCACAGUUACUGUCGGAAGAUUAUGGGAAGCAUUUGAUGGGCGUGGAGGAUCUAUUACAAAAACAUAAUUUGAAUGAAAAUGACAUUGAUAUAUUAGGGCAACAAUUAAGACAAGAGAACGAAAAGGCCAAAGCAUAUAUUGACGAUGAUGGGAAAGAAUUAGGGGGGUACCGACCAUGCGAUCCCAAAAUAAUAGAGGAAAGAGUUGCGGGUGUGGACGCAGCUUACGAUGAGCUUGUAGAAUUAUCCAACAAACGUAAACGACGUUUAGAAGCCUCAAAAAAAUUGUGGGAAUUUUAUUGGGAGGUCUCUCAAGAAGAGAAUUGGAUAAGAGAGAAGGAAGCAUUGCUCACCAGUCCCGACGUUGGUCAUGAUCUCACAAGCGUCAAUAUGCUUAUCAAUAAGCAAAAGGCUUUGGAAGGAGAAUUGGAAAGCCAUGAGGCUCAAUUGCGUCGUGUAGUGGAGUUAGGUUCGGCACUUGUACGAUCAAACUCAGUCUCUGACCCUGUGUACUUGGAUUCUACACCAAUAAGCGCUCGAUGCCAUGAUCUUGAGAUUCUGUGGAAUUGCGUAACAAAAGAUGCGUGUGCGCGCCGUCGUGCCCGUCUUGCAAGGGCCUCGGACUUUUACUCAUGGUUUGCGGAAGCAGACGAUUGUGAUGCUUAUCAACUCGAAACUCUCCGCGUUUUAUCUGCCUCGACCACUGGCACGGAAGACGAGAGUGGCGUACAAGCCCAGCUUAAGAAACAUGCAUCCGUCGCCGAAGGUCUCAAGCAAUUUGCUUCUACUGUCGAGGCCUUGAGGGAACAGGCUUUGGCUCUCGAUCUUCAGGAUCGAGAUGCCCCAGAAGUUUUAGAAAGAAUUAAAAGUAUUGAAUGGCGUUAUCAAGAAUUAUUGGAGUUGUCUAAGUUACGCAAGCAAAGACUUUUAGAUGCUUUAUCGCUUUACAAGUUGUAUAAUGAAGUUGAUGGAGUUCAGGCUUGGAUAGAAGAAAAAGAAAAAAUGUUAUAUUCAGUGGUACCGACAAAAGAUGAUAUUGAAGCUUUGGAAGUUAUGAAACAUCGAUUUGAUAGCUUUGAACAAGAAAUGAACAAUUCCGCUUCUCGCGUUGCAUGUGUCAAUCAAUUAGCGCGACAACUCUUGCAGGUUGACCAUCCAAAUUCGGAUGAAAUAUUGGCUAAACAAACUGAACUAAAUAAGAAAUGGAGUAAAUUGCGGGACGUUGUGGAUAAGAAAAAGUCAGAUCUUGACAAUGCAUAUGGUGUGCAAACAUUUCAUCUAGAAUGCCAAGAAACAAUUUCCUGGAUAUUGGAUAAGACUAAGGCUUUAGAGGAAACAGAAGAGUUUGGUAACGAUUUAGGCAGUGUUAUGAAGUUACAACGUCGAUUGAGUUUGAUGGAAAGAGAUCUCAAUGCCAUUAAAGCUAAGAUGGACUCCCUCGAAAACGAGGCACAGGACAUGGAGCAACAGCAAGCUAAACAAGUUCAACAACCUCCUGCGGCGGAAUCCACAGCUCGAUCUACAGCUCUUAAAAAAGACUUAUCAGCCAUGCGCGUCACGUGGGACCGUCUGGCCGAGUUGGUUAGGGCACGGGACGCCAAAUUAGCUGAACACGGAGAUCUGCAGAGGUUCCUGGCCGAUGUUGAUCACUUUCAAUCUUGGCUUGGUUCAACUCAACGGGCCGUAGCUUCGGGAGACGCUCCUAAUUCACUGGCUCAAGCUGAAAAUCUCUUAGCCAAACACAGGGCCAUUCGUGAUGAUAUUGAUUCCCGGGCCGCCGACCGUGAUAACAUGGUUCGCAUGGGAAAAAGGGUCACAGAAGGUCAAACUGAUCCUCAAUAUAUGUUUUUGAGGGAACGACUAAACGCCUUGGAUUCUGGGUGGAAUGAACUAUUAGAUAUGUGGGACAAUAGACAACGAUUUCUCUCUGACAAUCUAAAUUAUCAAAUCUAUACUCGAGAUGCUAAACAAGUGGAACAGCUUUUAAAUCAAGAAGAUCGAUUUUUGACAACGUUGGAGGAAGCCCCAGUCACAUCACUCGACCAGAUUGAAUCUUUAAUUAAAGAAAUUGAUAUGUAUAAACCUAACAUGGAUGUCGGUGCCGAAAAAAUGGCAACGUUAUUUUCAUUUGCCGAAAAACUGACUGCCACAGAUCAAGAUUUACAAAUUGGGUCAGCUGUAGAUGUUGUGUUGCCGAAAGCAGAAGUCUUGAAUAAAAGACUUGAGUCUAAUAGAAAUAGGUUGUCACAAAAAUUAUCAGAAUUAAAGGACCUGAAAGAACUGCAUAUACUACUUAAACAAAUGUCCGACCUUGGUGAAUGGGUUAGUGAUAAAGUUAGAGUAGCGCGCGAUGAUACUUAUAGGGACUCGAAAACGGCACAUAGUAAGUGGACUCGCCAUCAAGUGUUUGCUGCAGAAGUUCGAGCCAAUAGAGAUAGGUUGGAUGAUGUAAAAAAAGCAUGUGAAAAUUUUACUAAAAUUUAUCCUGGUUAUAAAAACAUAGUCGAUGAUUCUUUCGAUGGAUUACAAAAGGAUUGGAAUGAGCUUGAAAGAGCUACUAAGAGAAAGGGGAGCAAAAUAUUUGAAACCAACAAAAAGGUUAUUUAUGAACAAACUUGCCAGGAUAUCGAUCAGUGGACUCAGGAGCUAGAAGAUAGAGUCAUACCGAGUCAAGAUUUUGGCCGCGACCUGACUUCCGUGAACAUAUUGCUUCGCCAACAGGAUGAAAUCGAGAAACAAAUGGAUCAGAAAAAGUAUCAAAUUCAAGAACUCCAAUUAGCGCGAUCAUCUGAUAGAGAUGAUUACCCUCCUAUCAGGGAAUCUAUAGCCAUUGAAGAAGAUGAAAGUAUACUCGAGACCGUUUCUCCCAUUUCCGCAGUACCUAUUCCUCAAUUAGCUUAUAGCGUCGUCGACUCAGGCAGGACUGAUAUAUCGGAAGGUCACGCCACUUCCUCAGUUUCGACCCCCGUGGUGGUUCAAGAAUCCAUGCGACGUAAAUUUAAAACAUUAGAAGGACCUCUCUUAGAGAGGAAAAUGCGAUUGCAGAAGCAAAAAGACAUAUUUCAAUUCCAACGUGAUGUAGAGGAUGAAAAACUAUGGCUAGACGAAAAAUUUCCUCAGGCCUCCAGUGACAAUUACGGCAAUAGCCUCGUGUCUGUCCAAGGGUUGCAAAAGAAAAACCAGACAUUGAGAUCAGAGGUAAACGGACAUGAGCCUAGAAUAAUGUCAUUAUGCGAAAGGGGACGAGAACUUAAAAAUGCCAUACCCGAAAAGGCGGAAGAAUUUCAGGAAUUGGUAAAUGAGUUGAUGGAUAAAUUAAACGAGCUAAAGGAUAAUAUUAAUAACAGGGAUAAAAAGCUCAGUGUUUCUUUACAAGCACAACAGUAUUACUAUGAUGUAUCAGAAGCCGAAGCAUGGAUGAGUGAACAGGAGCUUUAUAUGAUAACUGGUGAAAGAGGCAAGGAUAACUCAUCAGUCGCUAAUCUUCUUAAAAAACAUUCAAAUACAGAACAUUUGAUCGAUAAUUAUGCUGACACUAUACGUGAUUUAGGAGACAGAGCAGAAAAAUUUAUUCAACAAAAUCACCCUCAGAGCGAUCAGAUAGCCAUCAAGCAGCAUCAGAUGGAGAAAUUAUAUGCUGGCCUGAAGGAAAUGGCCUGGGAGCGGAGAGCUGAUUUAAACAAAAGUACCUCGCUUCACGAACUCUCUCGUGACAUCGAAGAUGUUGAACAAUGGAUCAUCGAUAGGGAAAUGGUGGCCUCUUCUCAUGAGCUUGGACAGGAUUAUGAACAGAUCACAAUCUCUGCUAGGACCGAAGAUCCCAACGAGGGAUUCUACCUACGCCAAAGAUUAGCCAUAAACAUACGCCUGCGUGAUCGUUUUUCCGAUUUUUCACGUGAAACUGAACGUGUGGGCUCAGAAAAAGUGGGCACCGUUAUUCGCGCAUGCGACACCUUAAUCCACGAAUCACAAAAGUUUGAGACCUCUGCUGGGAGAGAAGGCUCCCGCCGGGAGCUGGAAGCGGAAGACGCUGCCCGUGUAGCUCUUUGGAAAGACUACAUAAGCGAUAAAUGGGAAGAUUUGCAGGAGCUGCUUGCCACUCGUGCCGAUCUACUUGAUGCCGCUAGAAAUUUGCACAAAUAUCAUUACGAUUCUAGGGAGCUUCUGGCCCUUAUUGCUGAAAAGAAAAAUUCAAUGUCGGAAGAAUUAGGAAGAGAUGUGAGUAGCGUAUCCAUGUUACAACGCAAACAUUUUGGGUUUGAGAAAGACUUGGAAUCCCUAGAUUUUCAAGUUCAAAAUAUUUCCGACAAAUGUUCCGAUCUUAGGGUUAGAUAUGCUGGAGAAAAGGCCAAAAAUAUAGUGGAUCGAGAAAUGGAAGUAGUUUCAGCUUGGAAUACCCUCAAAGCUAUGGUGCAAGGUCGUAAGCUUAAACUCGAUGACACAGCUCAACUUUUCAAAUUUUUCAAUUCGUCCAGAGAUUUGGUGGCUUGGAUGGCCGACGUUGAAAAGCAAAUGAAGACCACUAAAAAACCUAAGGAUGUAUCGGGAGUGGAACUAUUAAUGAACGGACACCAAGCUUUGAAGGCCGAAAUUGAAUCGAGAGACGAAACAUUUUCUUCAUUUUUUGAUCUUGGGCGCGAUUUGAUUAACCGCAAGCAUUACGCCUCGUCAGAAAUAAAACGCAAAAUGGAAGAAGUUAAUGGACUCAGGAACUCGCUUAUCGAAAAAUGGGAACAUAGAUGGGAAUACCUUCAACUUAUUUUGGAAGUAUAUCAAUUUGCGAGAGAUGCAGCAAUAGCCGAUACCUGGCUUUUUACUCAAGAACCUUAUGUUCUUAGAUCAGAAUUAGGGAAUUCGUUAGAUGAAGUGGAUAAAUUAUUGAGGAAACACGAUGCUUUUGAAAAAUCAUUGAAUGCACAAGAAGACAGGUUUGCUGCUCUUGAGAGAUUAACAACGCUUGAAAUUCGGGAAGCUCAAAGAAAACUAGAAAAGGAAAGGCUCCUAAAAUCUCAGCACGAAAAGCAAAGAGAUUCUCAACUUAAGAAACAAGGAGACGUAAAUCUUUUAGAUACAUCGGGAGAAACUGAACACACACCUGAUAUAUCAAUUACUGACGGUGAAAAGCUUAGGGUUGUUGAUAUCUCUGGAGCUCAUCGAGAAAAAAUAUUAUCACCUUCAUAUUAUGGUGAUCAGAAACUUCUGGAAAGUCAUUUGAUUCGUAAGUGCGUAUGGCUAAGCACUACUAAAAAAUCCGCCCACAGAUCUUGGGAAAAAGUUUACGCUGUUCUCCAAAAAGGGCAUUUACACUUUUAUAAGGAUCAAAAAUAUUAUAGACAAGAACCCAAUAUAUACUAUCACGAUGAGAAUCCUUUAAGUCUAAAUGGUGCCAGUUGUGAAAUCGCCAAUGAUUACACUAAACGCAAAAAUGUAUUUAGAUUAAAAUUUCCAAACGGAGCGGAAUAUCUGUUCCAAGCUCGGGACGAAGACGAGAUGCAUAUUUGGAUUAAGGAAUUAAAUUACGAUAUAUCCGAUUCUGGCGCUGGGUCACCUUCUGGCCUUAGGACUUCCAAAACUCUACCUACCACUGCUUCAUCUAAUUUACAACAAAGCUCUUCGUCAGGUACCGAAGACCCAAACACUACAUUCGCUAGCACCUCUUCGAGCAGUCAAUAUAAUGCUGCAGCCAACGCUAAAAAACGAGGAUUUUUUACUCUAAAGAAAAAAUGAUUUUUUAUGAUGAUUUCCUUAUUAUGUAUAUAUAAAUUUAGUAGAUUAGUAAAUAAUUUAUAAAAGUGUAAAAUAGUUAAAUUAAAAUGGAUAAAGUCGAAUUUUUAAAUAUAGGAAUAAUCAAGCUUUAAUUUAUAUCAGCUUCAAUUAAAAUUUUUAUAAGGAAUUUUUGCAUUAUUACACUUUUCUAUUAUUUUAUACUUAGCAUUUUAUUAAUGUUAAAUAAUUUUAUGCCGCCUUUUUAU